AUGAUCUCUGUCACAGGACCCACGAAGCCUGCACUGAUGCUGCUGUGCUGUGUGUCAGCCUGGACGUCCAUCCACACGUUCCCCACUGAUAGGCCCAGCAAUGGGCCAACGGUAUGUGAAGUGCAGCUGAUACUCAAGAAUUUGGAUAACCUGUCGACACAGCUUUUGCAAGACUACAGGAAGAAUGAGUCUGACAUGCCAGACAGCCAAGCCUGGGUAAUCCAGAAAUACCCGCUGCCGUGCUUCACCCCCGGGCCCCAAGCCUCGCACAACAUCUCGGUCAUCCAGGCGUAUCUGAGGAAGACUACUGCGGACAGGACGGACAGGGUGGACAGAAUGGACGGGAUGGUCGCUGACGUUCUGGAACAGCUCGACAAGCUCAAAGACGACAGCACCCCUGAGGCCCUGGCCACCACGCCCGCGUCCUCCGGGGAUGCCUAUGAGGGGAAGAGCUUCAUCCUGGCUGUCCUCCACCAGUUCUCGGGCUGCAUGGCCGAGACUCGGGAAGCAUUUACAAAAAGCCUGCCAAAGGAGGGUCAGAGGUGCUCCCUCAUGAAGUAA